UUCGGGCGUGUCGUUGCUCAUGUUUUGGAUGGGUACCCAUAGUCAGUGUCCAAUAAGCUGCACGCCUCGAGAGGGUCUUGAUUAGAUGUGAUCGGAGCUGGGAACGAUCGAUAGGACUACGGCGCAUGUCCGGGACUUCGUCUUGCUCCUGCACCUCUGACUGUGGCAGGGAUCGGUUAAGCGGAGCGGACGUGCGAGGAUAACGCGGAGGCGCAUGCCAUUGGGAGUGACGAGCGAUGGCAAGUAGCAAUUGGCAAUCUGCCCUAUUUUAGCGCUUGUUCGGGCUUCGGCAUCUCAGCCGAUUGGUCCUUCGGCUAUUUUUGGAUUGAAUCGUGGCGAAUGCCGUUCAGAGGGACAAGGUUGCAUGGAAGUCUCUGGUUUCACUAGUACGAACACUUGUUGGUGAAGCUGUAUCGGCUGGCUGCGUCAGGGAAGAGGGUGUAGAGGCAUUUUAGCUCCAUGUACACGCGGUGGCAUCGAUACCUCUGACGUUGAUUAAACCUUGGCCUAUACAUUGAACAUUGCGCCGUCUUAGGGUAGCGGAAUCAGCUCUUGCAGUCUAGAGGUCCAGUUUCACGACGGAAGCAUGCUCCCUCGCGUCAAAAAGCCCAUAGAACAGUUGCUGAAGCGGCCGAGAGGGUCCGAAGACGAUGCUGCUCAUAAAUCGCGCCCAUACAUCAAGACUCGCUCCAUUCCACCCUGUUCUUCGUCGCGAAACAGAUACCACGAGUGCCUAUCAUGGUACGAGCCCCAGCUGACGACCAGCGCUGAAACUCUCAGCAAAAUGAACGAGAUAGCCGGGCGAGAACUUGAGCUUGUCCUUGGCGCAUAGGCAUCGAUAGUCUAUGAUGCGCCGAUACCCACGCAGGUGAUGCAGGUGGCGCCGCGGGUAC